AUGUCUGAUUCAACAAAUAACACAAUGGUAUCUUCAAAACACAAUUCAAUACCACAUAUUGCGUCAAGUCGAUUGCUGACUCCUUCCAGUUCGGAACGAUCUGUGUAUGAACUUUUUGAAAUAAUCAAGAAGUUUUUACCUACCUCGUUGUUCGCCUGCAUGUUGAUCACUGUGGUAAUUUUCUUCGUAUUAGCAUUUGUAUUUAAGCCUAGAUGGAUUAGUUUGCAGCUGACCGAAAAAUUUAGAUUGCACAUGGCUGGACCCAUGGUUGGCGACUUUAAAAAGGGGAUAUUAAGUGCGACGGAUGAAAAGGAUGUUCGUCUAUUACAUGACAUGUCAUCUUCGUCCUCAACAUCUUUAUCACCAUCUGUACUACCAACACAUAAUGCAUCACCUGGAUUAUAUAAAAAAACAUCAAGGCGUCCUAGUUCGCGCCAAAAAUCUCAGCCGACUAAUAUACCUGCAAGUUCACUUUCGCCGAUAGAGGAUGAUAUGUCUUCUACGGUUUCUAGUAUUGAUUCACAUAGUGAACAAUCUUCAACGAUAACAGAACAAGAUGAGAUAAAAACUAGUGUGACGAUAAAUGUUGCUGAUACAUUAAAUUCACGUACUGUUCCAUCUUCUGUUGACGCUUGUCAAGAGAAUAAAGACAAAAUCGAUAAUAAUGCUCUUGAUCCAAAUUCUAGUGAUAAAAUUGAACAUAAAAUUGAAAAAUUAGAAACGGAUCAAGGUUUUAUUCAAGACGAUAAUAUUAGUUCUUGGACUGAAUCACAAAGCACUCCAACGGCAAUUUCAAAUAGAGAUUAUAAAAGUAGACGUCUAACCGCAGAUAUUAAAUUUUCAGAGUCGUCUUUACCAUCUACAAAUAAUGGGUCUCCUAAGUUACAACAAAAGAAUUCUAAUUCACCUAUGAAAGGAUAUCGAAAACAUAAUAUUCGUAAUAAAGAUCAAGAAAGCGAUGGAGAAAUUGAUAGUAUUAUUUCAGAUGAUCAUUCUGAACAAAGCUUGAUUCAACAGACAGGACCUAUCGUACAGAAACAUGUGCAAUGUUCCACUCAAGAAGAAACCUUCGUUAAAACUGGAAAUAGAAGACGCAGGAGAAGGAGAGGAUCUAAGAAUAAUCAAUUAAAAACACAGCAAAAUCAACAAACACAAAUUUCAGAUCAACGUUCCUUAAAGCAGGAACAACCGAUAUCGCAAAAACAAGAUGUUUCCUCCUCAGAGAUGUCUAAAUCACGUCAUCAUCAUUCGAAUGAGAUACCGAGGUCUCGUCAGGUCGUUGAAAAGCCUAAAGCAGUGGAUUAUGACAUUUGGGAAAGACAUUCCCAUCAACAUACCGAAUCUCAUCAACCAUCGCGCUCUGAUCAAUCAGCGUAUUUCUUACAAUCUAACAAGCGCAAUGGCCAAAUAUAUAAUCCUGAAACCCUGAAUGGUACUGCGAUUCCAGCAAAAGCAACGCUCUCCGAAUCAAAUAGAAAAUCUGCAGGUUUCUCACGGGCGGAUGUACAUUUGAAGCAAAAUGUCUUAACGACACCAUCUGUUUCUUCUUCCAAUGUUCCUAUAUCGCGUUAUACCACUUAUGCUGAUGUGAUUUCCCCUCAAAAUCGACCAUCUGCAAUCACUAAUGGUCUUUCUCGUUCUAAUACCUCGAGAUUAUCCAACGGAAAUGACAUCAUGACACCGGUGCCUGCAGCUUCCAUGAAUAACGCAAUCAAUUCCCAAUGGUAUUCUCCUUUCGUAUCGGGUCUUUCAAUUCAGCUUACUCCACCAGCGUCUCCUCAGAAUAUGCAUCGUCAAUUGCCUCAUACCACCAAUACAUCAAAUUCUAUGUAUUCUUCUAAGCAAUCUCAUGAUCGUAGCCGAAAUGUGAUUGCACCGCCGCCUCCAAUUUCUGCACCAAAUAGUGUAUCUUCACUUUCCUCAUCUCCAUCCUCUUCAUUAUCAAUAUUCUCCUCAUCUCCUUUUUCUUCACUUUCCAACUCUUUUUCUAAUCAGAACCAAAAUAAUGUUAUUACUUCACCUAUCAAUUCAUCAUUUAGAGAAUCCAUUUUUGGAAGAAAACAUCCUGUUCAGGAUCAAGAGAAAGGUGAAUUAUCUGAUGAUGCAGAUGAUUCUGAAUGUUGGAAUAAAAUAACGGGAAUAUCAGAUUUGAAAAAUCAGAGGAAUACGUGGGUAGGACAAAAUAAAACUUCUUUGCGUAUUAAAAAAGGAGAAUUUGGCGAGGAAACAAAAAGUAAGAGUAUCAACGAAAAUCGUGAGCAACAACAGUCUCAACAGCAAUUUUCGUUAUUUGAUAAGCGAUUCUCUUUCAUGUAUCCACCCAAAUCUUAA